AGAGAGAGAGAGCGCUAUAUAAAGAAUACCUUAGUGUCAGAGGGACAGUUUCAGAGAGAAAGGAGCCAGAAGACAAGUGAGAGAGAGAGACUUAUAGUGGAAGAUUAAGAGUUUGCCAGAGAGAGAGUGAGAGACGGAUUGUGCCAGAAGCAUCUGCUGCCUCCCUGCACCAUAGCCUGUGCCAUCGCUGGCCGUUGCAAGACUAAGGGGAGGCCACCUUGCCCAAAGCUGGCAACAUGCUGCCGCUAACCUGCACGCUGUCCCUCUCUACCUUGCUGCUACUCACUUUCCUCUGCAGCUGCCACUCUGGAAGACCGACCUACAUCAUCACGGCACCGAAAAGGCUGCCAACCAGACACAAUAUGACAUUCAGUGUCAGCUUGUUGGAUGAUAGCCAGGACCCUCUGAAAAUAACAGCGCAUCUCAGCAAGAACAACAUGAGCUUGAGACAUGCUGAGGGCACUUUCCACCCAGGUACUAUAGGAAGAAUGAUCCUGCCUGCGGAAGAUCUGCCGAAAGGCUACUAUGAAUUGGCAGUGGAGGGAUAUGAAGGGCAGAAGCUGCUGUUUUCCAAUAGCUCCACAUUGGAAAUUAUUCUGGAGAGUGUCUCUGCAAUGAUUCAGACAGAUAAGGCAAUGUACAAAGCAGGACAGAUUGUGAAAAUUCGAUCCAUCUGCAUCUACACUGAUCUGAAGCCGUACCUGGGCAAAAUAAAUAUCAUCAUUUCUAGCCCACAGGGGUCAGUGAUCCAACAGUGGUUGGACUUAGAACCUACGUUAGGUGUUGCCUCCAAGGAAUUUCAACUGUCUGCCAACUCUCCACAAGGCGACUGGGAGAUCCAGGUUGCAUUUAAUGAGGUGAAGCAAAGGAAGACAUUCACCGUCGCCGAGUAUGUGUUAUCUCGAUUUGAAGUUUCAAUCAACACAUCCACUGUAUAUUUUCCAAUCGAUCGAUCGGACAUAACUGGGACUAUUACUGGACGAUACCUCUAUGGAAAACCUGUGAAAGGAAAUGUGACGGUCACUCUAUCCUUGCCAAUCUACUCUGAGACGCUAACCAAAACAUAUGAGAUGGAUGGAACUGCUGAUUUUGCCUUCCAUUUCUCUGAACUGCACGAGUUAAUCCUCGGAAUAUUUAGACCAUUUCUGGGCUUUGAUGAUGUAUUAGUACCAAACAAGACGCUGAAGGAAAACUUAUUGGAAAACGCACUCCCUCUGAUCAUGCAUCAGGUGCACCAAGUUACAAUCAUUGCAACUGUGAGUGAGUCUCACACCGGUGGGACGCAGAGCACAGCUAUAAACAUCUCCAUUUUAUUCUCGAAAUAUAAGCUGAAGGUUCUGGACUAUCAGAAAAUCUUAAAGCCUCCUCAGAAUUACACAGCAUAUGUUCAGCUGACACGCUUUGAUCACCAAAAACUCUCAGUGCAAGACAGGAAGAACAGCUUCAUUGCCGAAAUCACGCAGACCAAGAACCCUCUAGAAACCAGUAAAACAUCAAACAUAUCCUUGAAUACCAUCAACAUCACUAUUCCAGAGAGCGGGCUUGUUCAAAUUCAGUUUCCAUUGCUGCCAAAUAUUUUCAGCUUAUCGAUAAAGGCAACAUUUGAGAGUGCAGUGGUCGUAAUAUACGUGGGAUCAAACCAAGAAGCACCCGCCAUCUAUCUCCAUGUUCUGAGGCCUGUUGUCAAGGUGGGAUCACCAUUUGAAUUUAGCACUGAGAGUUCUGAGUCAUCAAAAGAGUUUACCUACCAGGUAACAUCAAAAGGUCAAACGGUAGCUAUCGGUAAAAGUAACCUGACGAGAGUUCAAAUAACUCCGGACAUUUCAUGGGCACCAUUGGCUCACCUCAUUGUCUAUUACAUAAAAGAUGGUCUGGUGGUCAGUGAUACUGUGGAUCUGAAUGUGGAAGGCAUCUUUGCAAAUAAGGUUUCAUUAUCCUGGAGUAAAGAUCAGACCAAGCCAGCUGACGAUGUCUCUCUCAGCAUUUCCACCAAUGAGGUCAACUCCUUUAUUGGGCUGUUGGUGGUGGACAAGAAAGCCCAGGUUCUCAAAGGAGGAAAUGACAUCACAGAGGAAAUAGUUAAUCAGGCAUUGAAAGCUGCUGUUGAAGAAUAUGUAGCCGAAGAUAAGACUGAUAAGAAUGUAUUUCAGAGCAUCGGUCUAAUGGUGUUAACAGAUGCUUAUUUUCCACCCUCUGAGCCAAUAUACAUGAUGGCAUUUGAUGCCAAUGUUGAAUUCAGGACCAUGAGCCAAACUGUUGAACUUGAAGAACCAGAAGAUCGGAGAGUCAGAACAUAUUUCCCAGAGACUUGGAUAUGGUUGGACCUAUUAACUGGUCUUAACUCAGAGAUCAGCAUCCAGAGAACAGUUCCCGAUUCCCUCACUACCUGGACUGCGAAUGCUUUUGCAAUAUCAGAACACCAGGGUCUUCAGCUGGCCACUGUACCUGCUCAGUUGGAGGUCUUCAAGUCUUUCUUUUUGGAAUUAAACCUCCCAUACUCUGUGACCAGAGGGGAACAACUAAUUCUGGAAAUAAGCAUCUUCAACUACCUGGAACAGACACAAGAGGUUCAGGUGGACGUGGAGUUGGGGGACUUUUUUGAUUUGAUUUCAGUGCUGAGCGAGAACAAUGUACCCAGCAGCAAGACGGGGUCUGUGAGGAGUCAGGAGGCCCAUGUAUUUUACUUCCCUGUAACAACAAAGGUUCUCGGAAAGGUUCCUGUUACAGUGAAGGCAACGACCACAGUUGCAUUUGAUGCUGUCACCAAGCACAUUUUAGUGAAGGCUGAAGGGAUAGAGCAGUCAUUCUCCAAGGCAUUCCUUGUGGCCCCAAAAGCUAACGAACAACUUUGGACUGAGGCAAUACAAUUCAGCUUCCCGGAAAACGUGGUGGAGGGAAGCCAGAGGGCUCAUGUCACCGUGAUCGGUGAUAUCUUGGGACCUUCUAUUAAUGGUUUGGAAGACUUGCUUCGGAUGCCAUAUGGGUGUGGUGAACAAAACAUGAUCAGAUUUGCUCCAAACAUUUACAUUUUGCAGUACUUGACAGCUAUAAAUCAGGUGACUGAGGAGAUGGAAGCAAAAGCCAAGUCCUACAUGAUCCAAGGUUACCAAAGGGAGUUGACGUAUCAGCGAACUAAUGGCUCCUUCAGUGCAUUUGGAAACUCUGAUUCUUCUGGAAGUACUUGGUUGUCGGCCUUUGUACUGAGGUGCUUUUUACAGGCAGAGGAAUUUAUCUACAUUGACAAGGCAGUUUUAAACAAUGUCACAUCCUGGAUAAUAAAACACCAGACUAAAAGUGGCGAGUUCUUGGAGCCAGGCCGCGUGAUCCAUACAGAACUCCAAGGAGGACAGAAUGGGCCCAUGGCGCUCACGGCUUACGUACUGACGGCACUUUUGGAGGAUGAAAAAUACAAGGAUAGUGCUUUAGAUCAGGUAUCAGGUGCUGUAUCGUAUCUUGAAGGCAAGUUACAUGAUGGGAUCAGUAGCAACUACACUCUGAGCCUCACAGCAUAUGCACUGACCCUAGCCAAGAGCAAAUUCGCAGCAGAAGCACUCAAUGAACUAAAUCAAAGAGCAGACCAACAGGCUGGUGUAAAGUUCUGGUCAUCACCCGUGAGCAGACCUUCCUUCUGGGGGGGACAGAAGACCCCCUCGUCAGACAUUGAAGUGGCUGCCUAUGCCCUGUUGUCACACCUGAGGCAGGAGAGACUUUCAGAGGGCAUCCCCAUCAUGCAGUGGCUCAGUCAGCGCAGGAACCACCUUGGAGGCUUCUCUUCGACCCAGGACACGGUGAUAGCCCUCCAAGCACUGUCCCAGUUUGCAGCUCAGAACAUCGUUCCCACGACAGACCUAGUUGUUUCGGUCAAUGGACCUGGGCUAACUGUCCCAGCAACUUUCACCAUCUCCUCCGCAAACAUGUUGGUCCUGCAGGCUGUACAGAUUGGGAUUGAGCAGCCUCUACAAGUGACAGUAACAGCAAAGGGUCAAGGCAUGGCCAUUGUCCAGCUUAAUGUCCUCUUUAAUCUGGAAAGUAAAAUUGCAUCAAAGGGAAAACGUAUGCUUGAGUCGGAGGAGGCAUUUGAUUUGGUCCUUGAUGUUUCAGACAACAAAGAUGACCUCAAUCACUUGACUCUAACUAUCUGCACCAGAUUUAAAGGAGAGGGAAAUGUAUCAAGCACAGGAAUGGUCCUGAUGCAAGUUGGGAUGCUCAGCGGCUUUGUCCCAGAAAUCAAUAGCAUUCAAACUGACGACCUCAUCAAAAAAGUGGAAUUUGAAGAUGGUGCUGUCUCUUUGUAUUUUGAUUCGUUAAAUGAGACCGAAGUGUGUGUAAUCAUCCCAGUGAUGAGAGAUUCCAAAGUAGCUAAUGCCCAGGAUGCUGUGGUGAUCAUCUUUGAGUAUUACAAAAUAGAAAGAAGAGCGGUCAGAACGUACAACUCGGAGGUAAUGUCCGGCACUAACUUCUGUAACUUCUGCAGCCCCGAUUGCAGCAUGUGUCGCUCCGGCAACAGCCCCGUUACAACCAGCAUUGCUGCACGGCCAAUUCAAGGAGACCAAUUUGCACUCUUGCUAUGUCUCAUUAGCAUUUAUCUCAGCUUGACUUAAUUACAUAUUUAAAGUCAAUUGUAGAGCUUCUUGGUCCAGGAGAAGUAAUUGUUGUUUUGUUUGAAGGGGGUGGGAAAUGUAUUUUCAUGCCAAAACAUAUAGAAAUCAGGCUUAGUGACUACUGUCUCCUUACCACUGCUUUUCAAAAAGAAAAAAACCCUUGCUCAUUUUCUUUUGAAUGCCCACGUGUUGUCUGCUUGUGGAUAUAAGGGGGUUGUCUUUUUUUUUCUGUAAAUGUUUCUGGCCUGCAAUAUUGUAGUCACAACUGGUUUUGUUUAAGCUCUUGAGGAGCUACCUGAGAUCCAGAUUUGAGAGGAAGUGAGAGUGUCCAAUGUCCUGAAUUUACAACCACUGCUUGAGUUAUAGCAGCAUUAAAACCACUGGAACAAUCUUUGGAUCAA